AUGUUUAUAGGAUAUUUUCACAAGAGACAUGUCAGGAAAUCAGGUGGCACAAGAACUACUGGAAGUACCUAUUCAUGUCACAGAUGUCAUGAUGAGUUGCAUGUAAAGACUAAUACUACUAAAAGAAAAGUUGACUCAAAACUGCAGGAGAUUCAAGGGAAUAAACGUAAAAAUGGGCCUUCAGUUUGUAAAUCAGUAAACCUCAAGGGUAACAAGAAGGCAUUGAGUAAGGUACGACAGGUAAGAUCUCGAAACAGUAAGAUUAUCCCAUCAAGUAUACCUCUUCGCCGCUCUACUAGGAAGGCCAAAUCCUUGUAUAUGCAAAGUCAAAUGAAUGGUGGACAUAAAAAAGGAAAGUCAGGUAAAAAGAACAUGGGACGUAGAAAAGGAAAGCAGAGUAAACCCAAGAAGGUGACCUCUGAGAAGUCCAAGGAAACUACUAGUGAAUAUGAGCAGUUAGCAGUAACUACUGCACGAAGGACAAGAACAAAAAUCUGUAGCAGUUAUUGGCUUAAUGGUCUUCAGUUAUCCCGAAAGCCAAAUGAUGCACGCAUAAUGCUAUUUAAAGAGAAAAAGAGUGUUGUCUCCUCUGAAGAUUUUUCUGGUUCUCUUGAUUAUCCUAAAUGCUGCCUUUGUUGUGAAAAUGAAUGCACCUUGAAUUAUAUUGCAUGUGAGAUAUGCGGAGAUUGGUUUCAUGGUGAUGCUUUUGGGCUCAACAUGGAGAAUGUCAGACAGCUAAUUGGAUUUAAGUGCCAUGUUUGUCUUGAUAGAACUGCUCCAAUCUGUCCUCAUAUGAAGAUUAAUGGAUUGUCUCACCCUGAAAGCAAUGCUGCAAAUGAGUGUGCAGAGGAAUUAUCUAAUCCUGUUUCUCUUCAACCUUUAAGUGAGGUAUGUUUGCCUCUUUUAAAUCUGUGA